UCCAAAUACAUUGUCUUUUGUAUCAUGAUGUUGAUUACGAAUAUCUGCUUUGUAUUUUUGUUGACUGGGGGCGUGGAUGAGGUUAUAAGUAAAACAUUGGUACAUAAAAUAUUCCCAGAAUAUAUUCAACCCUUUGACCAGACAGUCAAAGCAGCAAAUAGUGAUGAAAUUGUCGGAGGUGACGAGGUUGAUAUAAAACAGUUUCCUUAUCAAGUGAGCGUACUAUUAAUGGGGGAUCCGUGGUGUGGGGGGUCAUUAAUAAGUGAAAUAUUUAUAUUAACCGCAGCUCAUUGUUUUGUAACCGCAUCUCAACAUCAACUACAUGUCGGUAGUUCUUUGGUAAAAGAUGGUGGAAGAGUAUACAAGGUAGCAGAAAUUAUCGCUCAUCCUAAUUACCGACUAACGACUGAACUAAGUCACGACUACGAUAUAGGUGUUAUGAGAGCGUCUUCAAAAAUUAUAAUAGAUGGAGUUACAACAAAACUCGUUCAUUUACCGGAUUCUAACAGUCACUUAAAAACAGGAGAUAAUAUUAUUGUUUCUGGAUGGGGUCACACAAAGGACGGUGGAGUUGGUUCCAAUGUUCUCAGAGCUGUAACGGUACCCGUGACCUCUUGGGAUUCCUGUCAAAAAGCUUACCCAGAAUUCCUUACGGAGCGCAUGGUCUGCGCAGGGUUCGAUUUAGGCGGUAAAGACUCCUGUCAGGGAGACUCGGGAGGACCAGCAGUAGAAGAGAAGAGUUUGGUGCAAUAUGGGAUUGUAUCUUUUGGUUAUGGUUGCGCCAAAGAAGGCUAUCCAGGAGUAUAUUCCUACAUUCCUCCACUACGGGAUUGGAUCAAGCAAGUAACUGGUGUAUACUUGUACGAUUGUGUGGAAUCGGCGGAGUCGGCCGAAGCUUGCAAAGAUGUGAAAAAGAAGCAGAAAGCCCUGGCGAAGAUUUGUCUCUCUGUUGGACCAUCAGCUUUACAACAUGUCCGUAAUGCGACGACACCGUAUGAAGCUUGGACCAACUUGCAGCGUGCAUAUGAGGACAAGGGACUUUGUCGGCGCUUGGGAUUGCUACGAUCUUUGUUUGGUGCCAAACUGAGUGGAGCAGAGAGCAUGCAGAGCUACCUAUCACAUAUUACGGAGCUCGGACAGCAGUUGGAGGAUAUUGGAUCUAAACUUGAGGACGAAUUUUUAGCUGUGGAGCAACAACGACGGGAUGGAAAAACUGAACACUCCGAUUUCAACGCUUUAGUGAUGAAGAAGACAUUCAAAUCAUUUAAAUGUUUCCGAUGCAAAAAGACCGGGCAUUUUAAGAAAGAUUGUCCAGAAGGAAAGAAAAACCAGAAGAGUGAUAAGUCUUUAUUGACAGCUUUAUCAGCAAAUAUUCAGAAAAAUGUCUGUUAUGAUUGUAGAAAAAGAGAAGACUUCGUAGUUGGUUUUGAGCUCAGAAUGUUGUAUAUAUUUAACAUUUUACUUCUUAUUGGAGGAGCUUUCAAUGUAGCUCUUGCUCGUAACCAUGGACGUCAUAUCAAACCACACGAUGGCGGUAAAAUAGUGGGGGGAGAAGAAGUGACCAUUAACGAAUACCCUUACCAGGUGUAUUUGUUGAUCCAAAUCGGUAUUAAUUACUAUGCAUGUGGUGGAUCAAUCAUAAGUGCGAAUUAUGUGUUGACUGCAGCUCAUUGCCUCGUUGGGGCAAGCAGAGUAUAUAUACGUGCAGGUAGCACAGACUCAGACAGUGGUGGUAAAAUGUACAGCACUUCAGUAUACACCAUCCAUCCUCAAUACAACCCUCAGACCAGUGACUACGAUAUCGCUGUCAUAAAACUGCUGCGAAAGAUGACCCUAGAUGGCACCACUACCAAAGCUGUACAACUGCCAAGUUCUGACACUCAAGUGGUUCCGAGGGAAAACGUUAUUGUCACAGGAUGGGGCGCUACUUCAGAGGGUGGUGACACGACAAAUAUUCUAAACGCUGUGACCGUACCGGUGACCACACCCGAGUUUUGCAACCAAUCCUACUCAGGAGGCAUCACUGUACGGAUGAUUUGUGCGGGAACUGAAGAUGGUGGAAAGGACUCUUGUCAGGGAGACUCAGGUGGACCAGCAGUUAAUGAAACCAGUUUAGUCCAAUACGGAGUGGUGUCUUUUGGCAUUGGGUGUGCUCGACCAAAUGUGCCAGGAGUAUACACCAGUGUACCUGCGCUUCGAGAUUGGAUCAAAAAGACUACAGGGGUUUAAUUACAUUUCAAUAUAAUUUAAUUCUGUUAAAGAAUUUUAAAUUCAAAAUAUUUUUUUUUUUUGCAAAACACUCAAGAUUUCUCGAACGACAAACCAAAUUCUUAAAACUAUUUCGAAUAUUUAAUUAUAUUGUGAUUAUCAUGUUGGUUUUUUGAAUGCUUAAAAACUAGUAUCUCAUUACUCGCUUGAAAAUGGUUUAUUUGUAGUGAAUGAAUGGCACUGGACCUGUUAUUAUUAUAAAAUAAAUAUUUUAUUUUAUUAA